AUGGCGUCCACCACCACGCUCAAAGUCGCCCUCCUAAUCGUCUCCACCACCGCCUCGCGCGACCCCAGCACCGACGCCUCGGGCCAGCUGCUGCGCGACCUCUUCGCCGCCAGCACCACCCCCGCCCUCGCCUGGGAGGUGGCCGAGACGCUCAUCGUCCCCGACGACACGCAGGCCAUCCAGGACGCGGUGGUGCGCUGGGCGGAUGUCGAGAAGCUCAAUCUGGUGGUUACGACCGGGGGCACGGGCUUUGCGAUAUCGGAUGGCACGCCUGAGGCCGUGAGGCCGCUGCUGGGGAAGGAGGCGCCGGGGUUGGUGUGA